AUUUUUGCGCCAUAAUCGUUCAACAACAAGGUUUCACAUUCUCAAAUUUGAGGAUAUUUUCCAUUAUGCAGGAAACCCGUCGAGACUCGCAAAGCGGCGAUGUUGUUGUCCCCAUUAACUACUUUCCUGUCACAGGUAUUCCGAUCCCAAAUUCCGCUUGGAAGACGCCGUUCCUAGAUGACCACAACGAACACACUCGGUAUAUGCUCAUCCGAGAUGCACGUACGAGCGGAAGAACCUUUGAUCUCGACACCAACGGAUUCACAUUCGUCACGCUACCACCAAAAAACCGAGUCACCCGCGAAAGCACCGAAGAAGAAGUAAAGCGCGAAUACUACCCAGAGAUAGAAGAAACUGUAAAGAAAUUAACCGGCGCCACAACCGCCCACGUCUUCAACCACGUAAUCCGCGCGCAUACCUCCCCCAGCGAAAAAGGCAUCCUCGACCCCAAAGGCCGCUGGCAAGACAUUCCCUCGGGCCACCCCCACGUCGACUACGCCGGCAGCCCCUCCGCCAUCGCCGGCACCCAACGCGAACUCUCCCUCCCACCUCAUAUCUCCACCCUCUUCACGCACUCCCAACGCUUCGCCUUCCUCGGCGCCUGGCGCCCCCUAAAACCCGUCCACAGAGAUCCCCUUGCCGUCUGUGACGCCACCAGCGUCCCGGACUCGGACUACCAAAUCCGAGAGAGGGAGUUUAGUCGUACAGGGAUUAAGAGUGAGAAUUAUGUGAUGAGCCAUGGGGAGAAGGAGAGGCAGGUGCAUCAGUGGUGGUAUUUGAGUAAUAUGAUGCCGGAUGAGAUGGUGGUGUUUAAGGGGUUUGAUACCGAGAGGGAGAAGCCUGGGUGGAGGUGUCCGCAUACGGCGUUUAGGGUGCCGGGGAGUGAAGGGCAGGAGGCGAGGGAAAGUAUUGAGGUUAGGGUUGUGGUGUUUUGGGAGUAGAGUGGGUGGGCGUAUGGGAAGCUGGUUGGGUUGGCUACUUAGGGAUUGUUGAGGGUGUAGGUAGAUUGAGGGAGGAUGGUGGGGUUUCGAUGGUUUUAGGUAUGAUGAGGCGUUCUUCAAGUAAGUGUUUGUGAGUUUUGAGGUAGUAUUGACCUUGUGUUUGUUCAAUGGUGUUGUCAUGUUACCUAAUGCAAGAUAGUGGCAUUAAUCACGUGAUUCUCAUUACCAGCAAUAGACUACUCUACAUUUCAUACAGGC